ACACAGAGAUUCACAAAAAAUUACAAACCACGUUGCUAUCAUAGCAUAGAAACAAUGGGGAAAUUGUCUUUUCUCUUCAUAACUUUAACAAUUGUCAUGUCUAUUUCAACAACAACAUCACAAUCACCCUUUCAAAAUUUUCUCAAUUGCUUUUCUCAAUCUUUGAAUUCCUCUAUCUCUGAUAUCAUUUACACUCCAAACAAUAUCUCAUUCUCAACCAUCCUCAACAUGAAAAUACAAAACAAGAGAUUUAAAACAACAACACCAAAACCUUUGGCAAUUAUAACUGCAAAAGAUGAUUCUCAUGUCCAAGCAACAAUUCAAUGCCUCAAAAGUAACAAAAUUCAGAUCAGAAUCCGAAGUGGCGGCCACGACUUUGAAGGUUUCUCAUAUGUAUCAGACGUGCCUUUUGUUAUAAUUGACUUGCUUCAUCUCAAUUCAGUUGAUGUCAAUUUACAAGAAGAAACAGCAUGGGUUGAAUCAGGUGCAACACUUGGAAAGCUUUAUUAUACCAUUGGAAAGAAAAAUAACUCUCUUGCUUUCCCAUCCGGCGUUUGUUUUUCUGUCGGAGCUGGUGGUCAUUUUUCUGGUGGUGGAUAUGGAAAUAUGAUGAGAAAAUUUGGUCUUUCUGUUGAUAAUAUUAUUGACGCAAAAAUUGUUGAUGUGAAUGGUAAUAUCCUUGAUAGAAAAUCAAUGGGAGAAGAUCUUUUUUGGGCUAUAAGAGGUGGUGGUGGUGCUAGUUAUGGUGUUAUUUUGUCUUGGAAACUCAAAUUGGUUCAAGUAACCUCACAGGUUACUGUUUUUAAUGUGAAGAGGAAUGUGAAUGAAAAUGUAACUGAUGUUGUUUACAAAUGGCAAUUAAUUGCACCAAAAUUGCAUAAAGAUCUUUUUAUUAGACUGCAGUUUAAUGUUGUUCACAUUGGUCAAAAGAUAGUACAAGUUAGUUUCAUUGGUCAAUUUUUGGGGACAAUUGAAAGACUUUUACCUUUGGUGAAUGAAAGUUUCCCUGAAUUAGGGUUGAAAAAAAGUGAUUGCUUUUCAAUGCCUUGGGUUAAUUCCACUCUUUUUUGGUAUGAUAAGCCAAUUGGUACUCCUCUUGAAGUACUAUUGGAUGAACCAAAAGAUCCUCAACCAACUUAUAUCAAAGGUCAAUCAGAUUAUGUGAAGAAACCUAUUCCAAAAGAAAUUAUAGAAUGUAUAUGGGAAUUGAUAAUUAAAGGUGAAAGUUUGCUUAUGCAAUGGAAUCCUUACGGUGGAAGGAUGGAAGAAAUAUUGCCAUCAGAAACACCAUUUCCUCAUAGAGCAGGGAACUUGUUCUUGAUUUUGUACUAUAAUAAUUGGAUUAAUGAAUCUUCUCAAGCUAUUGAACGCCAUGUGAAUUUUUCAAGGUCAGUUUAUGAGUUCAUGACACCCUAUGUUUCAAAUUCACCGAGGGAGGCAUUCCUCAACUACAGAGAUGGUGAUAUUGGUGCCAAUCAUCCAAGUAAUGUAACAAAAAUGGACAUUGCUAGAACAUAUGGAAGCAAGUUUUUUAAAGGAAAUUUUGAAAGAUUAGUUAGUGUGAAAACUAAGGUUGAUCCUGAGAAUUUUUUUAGAUUUGAACAAAGCAUACCUACCAGGUCAUGAAAAAGUCACAUGUAGUGUGAAUUCCCAAUAAAUAAAUGGCAUAAU